AUGGCCAAGUCGAAGAACGCGUCCCAGCACCACAACAGCCAGAAGGCUCACCGUAACGGGUGUGUACUCCCCCGACCCCCGGCCGUUGGAAAAAUGGACAUGUGUGUGAAUGGGCCGGGAGCGAUGGAUAUGGAAACCGAGACGCAGAGUAUCAAGAAGCCUAAGACCCACCGUUACCCCUCCCUGAAGGGUGUCGACCCCAAGUUCCGCCGCAACCACCGUCACGCUCUGCACGGCACCAUGAAGGCGCUGAAGGAGCGCAAGGAGGGCAAGCGUGAGGUCGCAUAA